AAGUUACUGGGUUCUAAAUUAAUAAUUUAUACAUAUUCAAUGGAUUUUUUAAGCCAAAUACAGGGUUCGAACCAAAGCUACUGGGUUCGGCCGAACCCGCUGGCUACACUCUAGCUCCGCCCGUGUACCACGAGUAUUGAGAUUUAUUAGUUUCCCUGAGAUCUAAGUAUUAAUUGCAAAAAAUGGGUUUUCCACUGGAUGUAUAUAUGAAGUUGUGUGUUGAAUCUGUUUCUGUUUCCCAUAUUAGAAGAAUUGAAGUGUAAUUUUCUUCGCAUAUUAGUAUUGAGAAAUCUACUUACUUUGGGUCCAGUGUUUGCUAAGAGUGUCUAGCUGUCUUUAGUCUGGCAAAAGAAUUCUAUGUCAAUAAAUGGAACUUCUAGUGUUAGAUAACCCCUAGUUUCCUCGAAGGACGAAUUAUUUACUAAUAUUGGGAUGAAAUAGGUCUUAGUGAAGUGGAAUAGCCAGUAGAUAUAAGGAUUUGCAUGGUCUACCCCUGACUAGUUUGGGAUUGAGGAUUGUUUGAUUGAUUAUUGUUGAGAAAUGCAUGAAUAGAAAAGUAUGCUUGAAUUAUUUCUCCUGUAAGUAUCAUCAAAUUAUUUAGCUUUCUUUUAUGGAGUUGAUCACUAAGUUAUCACAUUGGAUAUAUAACUUCUGCUGUUAAGUAAUGCGGAUACAUAACUAUUGAAGUUGACUAUCAACCGCCAUGGUGGAUAGAUAACUUUAUGUUCUUUGAUUUAAAGCACUCUGUGAUGGCUGCGGGAUGAAGCAGGGUGGCUUCUUGGACAUGCCUCAGCUUUUACAAGUGCAAGUGAUGACAAGUCUAAAGAAGUCAACGGUGGAAAUGAGAUUUAAAAUUUCUUGUUCCAUAGUACGAAUUGCUGUUAAAGUUCAUGGCAGAUUAGAAUAUACGUCGCCACCAACGUGUAAAUGGCGUUUUGCAUCUAACGAGAUAGUUUCCAAUGGAGUAAUAUGAGGGGACUUUUGAAUAGAGUAAUGAAUUAUAUUACAAAUUUACAGUACAUAUUAUGGACAGCUAAAUUUGCUAAACUACCCAUGGCCUUGUCAGUUUCCUCGUAGCAAUUCUGUAAUACGAUCCUUGAUAGCUGGUGAAUCUUUUCAGCCCCGAUUGUUAAGCCCAAGGAGUAGAGUAUGUACCAUACAACAGGGUACUUUGAAACUUUGGGCAGCUUCAGUUUAAAUGUUGUUAUAUCCUACUAAUUUGAUGGAACAUUGUUCCAAGAUCUGAGUGAGAGAAGAUCAAGGUUUUAGUUUGGUUCCUAAUUUGGUGCCAUGAUGUAACAACUCAUUUUGGUUUCCAGCACAACCUUUGUGCUGAUGUCUUUAUAUAUAUAUAUGGAAAAUGUUACAUUAUCAAAAAAGAUCUGAAUGAGAGAAAUAUAAACCGCAACUUCGGAAUUUCUGGCCUCACUGUUGCCUCCAGACCAGCUUUAUAAGUAUCUCUAUAUGCUUUAUCUAUACAUUAUUAAUUCCUCGAAUUGACAGUAUCAAGUAGAUAUUGCUUCAUAACUCAAGUACCGACGGUUGGAAGGAAACAAUACUUGACAUUUGCAUGGGGUGGACAGAAUCAGAUAUGUUAAAAGAGAGAGCAACUGAAAGAAUAUGAGAGACAAGGACCCAACAUUGAGGACGUACAAAACAUCCUCAAUGACAACACCAGAACGACUGCCCUCAGAGGUGCCAUCAACCAACCUCGAAGAAUACUCAGCAUUAAAGACUCUGAUUCCGUUUGACCAACCAGUGCCUCUACUGCGAGGUCCCAUCAGGGCUGGUUCACAAGAAGAAACAGUUGGCAGAUUCAUCCUCGCAUUUAAAGACCCUUUCUCCUGGGCCUCUGCAUACAAGGCUUGUGAAUCUCAAGUCACUCAACAAUGUGAAUCCGGAGCUAGGAUUGGUUGCUCAAUUGCAGCCUCAGACAAAUGUAAAACCCCUUGGUGGAAAUCGAUCACUGGUACUGCUUCCACUCAGGACUUUGCAGAGAGAGCAAGAUGCGAAGAACGCGAAAUGGAGGCUUGCCUAGAAGCAGCAAAGGGGAAAUGCCAUGAAUUUGCAAAACAGAAGUGCUUCCCAGCAUUUCGUGAUGCAAGGAUUGCUGUGAAAGGUUUGAGUCCCAAAGUGAACAAAAAAGAGGUAUCCAGGCUAAUUUCUUGGGUGAACUUAGGGGAGAAGUGUCAGAUAGCUGAUCUUUGGAGAUUAGAGAGACGUUGGCUUGAGUUUAAGGCUCAACUUGAAGUGACUCAUUGCAAAGGGAGUGAUAUAUUAGGUUCAGAUGACACAGAAAUUAAUGAAUAUUUGAGAACUAAUUUUCAAAAAUAGUACAUUGAGUAGUUUGAUUAGUAACUCAAGUUUUAUCAGAUGGAGCAUGUUCUUGAUCCAUGCUUAAGAAAUCUUUCUUUUGCUUCUUGUUUUCUAAUUUGCCGAAGUACAAUUAUAUACUGCCACGAAUGUAGAGAAAUUUGUGUCUUUGACCAAGUAACAUGCGUGGCUUAUUAGCUCCAUGGCUUAGAUUUACAACA